ACAAAUUGGGUUUUUAAAUAUGGUCAAGAUACUGCUGGGGUGUACAGGGAGUGUGGCCACCAUCAAGGUGUUAAAUAUAAUUGAAAAUCUUUUGAAUUCUGUGAAUGAUGUAGAGAUUAAAUUAAUUGUAACUCAGAACUCCAUGCACUUCUUCAAUGUUCAUGAGGUUCCUAAAGAAGUUAAGGUCUUCAAGGAUGAGGAUGAAUGGUCAGCUUGGAAGCAGAGGGGGGAUCCAGUUGUUCACAUAGAAUUGGGCAAAUGGGCUGAUUUAUUUCUGAUUGCUCCACUUGAUGCAAACACUUUGGCUAAGAUGGCCAAUGGACUAUGUGACAAUUUAUUGACAAGUACAAUAAGGGCUUGGGAAAUGAGUAAACCGUUAAUAUUCUGUCCGGCAAUGAACACUAAAAUGUACAAUCAUCCAUUAACGGAGUCUCAAAUAAACAUUCUAACGAAUUGGGGCUACUACAUGGUGCCGGUCAUCGAAAAGACAUUGAUUUGCGGUGAUACAGGUUUAGGGGCUAUGGCCGAGGUAGCUACAAUAGUUGAGUAUGUAAAAGAUAUAAUUCACAAAUCGACUAAGUAACGGCCCAACGGAAAAAUAAACAAAUUUAUUGGUGUAUAGUAAAAACCAUUGGUUCAAAAAAUGAAGUAGUUAAAUAUACAAAAUACUUAUUUAAAA